CCAUUGGCCGCGCGCGGCGGGUGAGGCCCGCGUGACGGUUCGUGCGGGCUCCAGAGCCGGGCGGGGCCGCGGUGCUCAGAGUUUCCGGAGCUCCGUACCGCGCAGCUACUGUGGGACUAUGAUCCGGAACGGGCAUGGGACCGCGGAAGGCGCCGGGCGGCUGGAUCCAGCGGGCAGGAGCGCCGUGCGCGUGUGGUGCGAUGGCUGCUAUGACAUGGUGCAUUAUGGCCACUCCAACCAACUGCGCCAGGCACGGGCUAUGGGCGACUACCUCAUUGUGGGUGUGCACACUGACGAGGAGAUUGCCAAGCACAAGGGGCCUCCGGUGUUUACCCAGGAAGAAAGAUACAAGAUGGUACAGGCCAUCAAGUGGGUAGAUGAGGUGGUACCUGCAGCUCCCUAUGUCACCACGUUGGAGACACUGGACAAGUACAACUGCGACUUCUGUGUUCAUGGCAAUGACAUCACACUGACCGUAGAUGGCCGUGAUACCUACGAGGAAGUAAAGCAGGCAGGGAGGUACAGAGAAUGCAAGCGUACCCAGGGUGUGUCUACCACAGAUCUCGUGGGCCGCAUGCUACUGGUGACCAAGGCUCAUCACAGCAGCCAGGAGCUGUCCUCUGAGUACCGCGAGUAUGCAGACAGCUUUGGCAAGUGCCCUGGGGGACGGAACCCCUGGACAGGGGUGUCCCAGUUCCUUCAGACAUCUCAGAAGAUCAUCCAGUUUGCUUCUGGAAAGGAGCCCCAGCCGGGGGAGACUGUCAUCUAUGUAGCUGGGGCCUUCGACCUGUUCCACAUCGGACAUGUGGACUUUCUGGAGAAGGUGCACAGGCUGGCAGACAGGCCCUAUGUCAUCGCUGGCCUACACUUUGACCAGGAAGUCAACCGAUACAAGGGGAAGAACUACCCCAUCAUGAACCUACACGAGCGGACGCUGAGUGUGCUGGCUUGCCGGUACGUGUCAGAAGUGGUGAUUGGGGCACCAUAUGCAGUCACAGCAGAACUUCUGGGUCACUUCAAGGUGGACCUGGUGUGUCACGGGAAGACAGAGAUUGUACCUGACAGGGAUGGGUCUGAUCCCUACCAGGAGCCCAAGAGAAGAGGCAUCUUCCGUCAGAUUGACAGCGGCAGCAACCUCACCACAGAUCUUAUUGUGCAGAGGAUCAUCAAGAACAGGUUAGAGUACGAGGCACGAAACCAGAAGAAAGAAGCCAAGGAGCUAGCCUUCCUGGAGGCCAUGAGACAACAGGAGGCACAUCCUUUCGGGGAGGAUGAGUAGACUGCCAGCCCACAGGACUAUCUUGGAGAACCUGGGCACUACAGCACCCACUCUGCUCUGCUUCUACAUCUAAGCAUCUAUGAUGCUAAAGGAAGCCACAGCAUCACCCUGGCUGGCCUCCUGCCUACAAGGUGCCUGUCCUGUAGCAGGUCCUUAGCUCUCACCACACAGGAGCAGUCCAGCCUGCACAAUGAGCAGAAGGCACCUGUGACCCAGGGGAUUCUGUUUCUGUCUGCUUCUGCUGACUGGGUUUCAGCUGUAGCCUCCCUGUCUUGGAUGGGCAUGCCUUCCCUCCUGGCCAGAGGCUGUACUGACUAUCCACCCAGCUUUCAUGGGGGGCACAGAGGGGACCGCCUUGGGAGCUGUGGUCCUGGGGCUAGCUGCCCCCAGGUGGGCACACUCUGCCCUGCAGCACAUCCCAGCAACCCUUGCCUGGCUCCAGGAAGAUUUCAAUUUGCCCCACCUACCCGGCCAGCCUCGUCACUCUUCCACAGACUUCUGGUUCUCCAAGCUGUACCUCAGUGGCUGGUAUAACUCAUUGCAACUGAAUAAAGCUUGGUGGGAUGUGCUA